AUGGCAUGGAAAUGGAAGUAUUCCCCCAAGGAGCAGCUGGAGGACAUGAGCAGCCUGCCCCCAGGGCUGACGGGGCUGCAGAACCUGGAGAACACGUGCUACAUGAACGCGGUGCUGCAGUGCCUCUGCAGCCUCACCCCCCUCGUGCAGUAUUUCCUCUCAGGAAGGUGGAACACAGCCCUGCACGAGGAGAUUGGCGAGUCUGCGACUGCCUUUGCCUGUUUGGUGUCUGACAUGUGGCUUGGACAGUUUGACUAUGUUUCCCCUGAGGCUUUUCGUUCCAUCUUUGGGAAGCGGUACCCAGCUUUUAGCAGUAGCACUCAGCAUGAUGCACAGGAAUUCCUCAUCUGUGUGCUGGAUGACCUCCACGAGGCUUUCAAGGAGCCAAGCCAAGAAAGACAGAGCCCUACUGCAGGAGCAAGCACAAGGAGUCAGAGUGGCACAUCCAUUGUAACACAGUUGUUUGAAGGACAGCUCAGUUACACUAUCAGGUGUCUGACGUGCAGAGCCCUCAGUCAGAGACCCGAGAGCUUCACCAUCCUCUCCCUGCCCAUCCCUUCCACCAGAGUGUGCUCUCUGCAGGACUGCCUGGAAUGCUUCUUCCAGCCAGACAUGCUGACUCGGAACAACCAAAUCCACUGCUACUGGUGUGGAGGCAACCAAGAUGCAACAGUAAAGGCCUCCAUAACCACGGCACCACAGAUCAUUAUUUUUCAUCUAAAGAGGUUUGCCUGGCAGGACAAGAACAGAAGGAAACUCUUUACCAAUGUCUGCUACCCAUUCAGUGACCUGGAUCUCUCUCCCUACAUGUCCACACCGUGUUACAACAAUACAGAGUACAGCCUGUGUGCUGUAGUGGUAAGCUGUGCCCUUCCUGCUCUUACUGUGAGUCUCCUGCCUCAUGGAGCAGAUGAAGCCUGUGCUGGUUUGGACUUCACAUACAAUGAUUUGUAAUUCAAUGUAUGUUUUCUUGUACACUUUUUGUUACCUGCCAUGGCCAUAACCCUAACAGUAACUAAAGGACAGAGACGUCAUUUCUCCUUCUUCCCCAACAUCCCAAAUUUAAAAGAAGGUACUCCUGGCACACAAUUCCUCUUCAGAAUAAACUCAUAGGCUGAUCCUGCAUGAAUCCUGUUUUUAAAUAAGGACAUGGCUCACAGCAAGUGGGGCCCUCUUAUAGUGACCUGUAUCAGCUGCAAAUGUAAUUGCAAAAUAAAUAAGCAUGCUCAUCAUCCAUUUACUCUGUUUGAAAGGAUUUAUUUGAAUCAACAUUCCCUGCCCUGGGCCAAAAGGGGCUAGAACCAUCUGUCCAUCUUUUCCAAGUGCAUACAUAAAACAAUUGCCAGUUCCUAGCUUUGCCUGUAAGACAGAACAGGACUCUGAUUUCAACAGACUGUGUUGUUUGUUACAGAACCAUGCUGGAGAUCUGGAUUAUGGCCACUACACGGCCUUCUGCAAGCACUCAGUCACCAAACACUGGUACAGCUUUGAUGAUGCCCAGGUCACCAAGAUCCCAGAUGCUGCAGUGCAGGCUGACACAGCUUACCU